AUGCCAGUGUCUCGCUAUCUCCACCAACUGAAGCUCUGCGCAAGAAACCACACACCUUCCACCGCCAAAACCCUUCACGCUCAGCUCAUCAAAACCGCCCUCCACCAAUGCGUCCCUUUACCCAACACCCUCUUACACGUCUACGCCAAAUGCGGCCUCCUCCAAGACGCCCUCCACCUGUUCGACGAAAUGCCUCACCGAGACCACGUCACCUGGGCUUCACUCCUCACCGCUCUCAACCAAGCCAACCUCUCCCACCGCACUCUCUCCAUCUUCCCCACCAUGUUUCAGUCAGACUCUUUGCUUCCGGACCACUUCGUUUUCGCUAGCCUCGUCAAGGCCUGCUCUAGCUUGGGAGCUCUUAGGCAAGGGAAGCAGGUUCACGCGCGGUUUAUGUUGUCGCCGUUUUGUGGGGAUGAUGUUGCGAAGUCGUCUCUGGUUGACAUGUAUGUGAAAUGUGGGUUGCCGGAUAAUGCUCGUGCGGUUUUUGAUUCGAGUGGGGAGAAGAGUGUGGUUGCUUGGACGGCGUUGGUUUCCGGGUAUGCUAGAAGUGGGAGGAAGAAGGAUGCUUUGGAGAUGUUUGGGAAGAUGCCGGUGAAGAGCUUGUUUUCGUGGACUGCGUUGAUAUCCGGGUUGGUGCAGAGUGGAAAUGGUGUUGAUGCAUUGUACUUGUUUAUUGAGAUGAGAAGAGAGAGGGUUGAUAUUGUAGACCCGUUGGUUUUGUCAAGCACGGUUGGCGCUUGUGCUAAUUUGGCAGUGUUGGAGCUUGGCAAGCAGGUUCAUGGGCUGGUUAUUCGUCUUGGUUAUGGUUCGUGCUUGUUUGUUAGUAAUGCACUGGUGGAUAUGUAUGCGAAAUGUAGUGAUAUUUUAGCUGCUAGGGAUAUUUUCGGUGGAAUGCAGCGAAAAGAUGUGGUUUCUUGGACUUCCAUAAUUGUUGGGGCGGCUCAGCAUGGUCGAGCUGUGGAAGCAUUGACUUUAUAUGAUGGGAUGGUGGAAGCUGGAAUUAAGCCUAAUGAAGUUACGUUCGUUGGACUUAUUUAUGCUUGCAGCCAUGUUGGUUUUGUUAGCAAAGGACGUGCCAUUUUCAGAUCCAUGAUUGAGGAUUAUGGAAUUCGUCCCUGUCUGCAGCACUAUACAUGUUUCUUGGAUCUUCUUAGUCGCUCUGGGCAUCUUGUUGAAGCUUUAAAUGUUAUUAGUUCAAUGCCGUUUGAGCCUGAUGAACCCACUUGGGCAGCUUUACUAAGUGCUUGCAAGCAUCAUGGUGAUACCCAAAUGGGUAUCAGGGUUGCUGAUCAUCUUUUAAGCUUAAACCCAGAAGACCCUUCAAGUUAUAUAUUGUUAUCUAAUGUCUAUGCUGGUGCCGGUAUGUGGCAAAAUGUAGCGAAAGUGAGGACAUUGAUGACAGAGAGAGAAGUUAAGAAAAAUCCUGGUUACAGUUCCAUUGAUGUUGGAAAGGAAAGCCAAGUGUUUUAUGCUGGAGAGACGUCUCAUCCUCUGAAGGAUGACAUAUUCGGUUUGCUUAAAGAGUUGGAUGCAGAGAUGAGGAAAAGAGGCUAUGUUCCCGACAGUAGCUUUGUUUUACAUGACAUGGAGCAGCAAGAGAAGGAAAGGCAGCUUUUUUGGCAUAGUGAGAGAUUGGCAUUGGCUUAUGGGCUUCUGAAGGCUGUUCCAGGGACACCUAUCCGGAUAGUGAAAAAUCUUCGUGUUUGUGGAGAUUGUCACACGGUGUUGAAAUUCAUAAGCAGUAUUGUGAAGAGGGAUAUUAUUGUUAGAGAUGCCACUAGAUACCACCAUUUUAGUAAGGGAGAAUGUUCGUGCAAUGACUUUUGGUAACAAAUUAUCUUUGGGUUGGAAAUCUUCUGAAGCUCCCUACUCCAGACAUUGAAGCUGCUUUUGGGCUUUGCUCAGGUUCUUAAUUUAAUAGCCUUUAAUUUAGGAAUCUGUUCAUUUGUGUUUUAGGCUUGCCAACUUUAA